AUGAUGAAGUUUUUUGGGUCCAUAAAAAAGAAGGUACAGUUGUCCUCUUCCCCUUCUUUCGACCGAAGUGAGAGCAGCAGCAUCAUCAAGGGUGCAGGGAGUAGCAGCUCCAUCCUCACUCCCCCAAACGCCCCAGGGUAUUGUAUCCGGUGCAAGGACCUGGGCAAACUUCACAAAGCUGCCUCUGUUGGGGACCUGGAGAGGGUGCAGCAUCAUCUGCAGUACAAGAAACACGACCUGGACAAGCGGGAUAAAGAACAUAGACAACUGCAUGUAAUAAGAGCAAAAGAUAUGGUGACCAAAGACCAAGGGUGGAGACAUGCCUCUACCACGAUCUUUGUGUCUCUCCCUGAGACACCUUUGCACCUGGCUUGUGCUAAUGGAUAUCCAGAUGUUGUGUCCCUCUUAGUGGCGAGAAAAUGCAAAUUAAAUAUCCAAGACAGUGAAAAUAGAUCUCCUUUGAUUAAGGCAGUACAAUGUCAGCAGGAAGAAUGUGCAACUAUUCUUCUAGAAAAUAAAGCAGAAACCAAUCUUAUGGAUAUCAACAAAAACACUGCCCUCCACUAUGCUGCUUGUGGGCGUAAUGUGUCAUUAGUGAAUAAAUUGAUUGAACACAAAGCCAACAUUGAAGCACAAAAUAAGGAUGGGCUCACACCACUUUUACUUGCUGUUACUGAAAAUAACCCGGAAAUGGUGGCCACUCUCUUGAAGAAAGGAGCAGAUGUGAAUGCUUCAGAUAAGUUACAGAGAACGGCCCUUAUGCUUGCUGUUGGUGGUAAACCGAUUGGUAUAGUCAGUCUUCUCCUACAACAUGAUGUUGACCUGUCUCGCCAAGAUAUUUAUGGAUUGACAGCUGAGGAAUAUGCUACUUGUAGUGGUUAUUCAAUUCAUCAUGAACUGAUUUCUCGAUAUAAAAUUCAGAAGAACCUUAACAAACCCAUUUUUCCUGAAACGAGCUGUCCAGAAAGGAUUUCUGCUAUUAAGUUUUCUUAA